UAUAUUAAUUGAUUAUUUCUAGAUAUUUAAAGUAAUUCAAAAAGUAAUUAGAAAUGCUUUUUGAAUCAAUGCUUCAUUUUAUGAUUCUGAUCUAUGCAACGUAUGUACAAGCAUUUUAUCUUCCCGGCCUUGCCCCUGUAUCAUUCUGCAAAUUAGAAAAUGCCAAUGACAAGUGUUUAAGUGUCAUCAAGCUUUAUGUCAAUAGCUUAGACUCAGUGGAUUUUAUUAUUCCUUACGAAUAUAGCAGGUUUGAUUUUUGUGAAGAUACAGAUAAGUCAGAUACAUCUCCAUCUGAAAAUCUGGGACAGGUGGUAUUUGGUGAGCGAAUUCGUCCAUCACCAUAUAAGUUUAAAUUUAAUGAAAAUAUGACAUGUAAAGAAGUUUGCACCAAAACAUACAAAAAAGAUAACAAAGAAGAUGAUGCAAAACUUGAUUUUUUAAAAAAAGGAAUCAUGCAGAACUAUCAGCAUCACUGGAUUGUCGAUAAUAUGCCUGUUACAUGGUGCUAUGAUGUUGCAGAUACAGAAAACAAAAAGUACUGCUCUACAGGAUUUCCUAUUGGAUGCUGGGUAGCAGAAAAUGGAGACCCAAAAGAUGCUUGUGUUAUAAAUCCAAAAUAUUCAGAAAAGAACACAUACUAUGUCUUUAACCAUGUGAGCAUUACAAUCACCUUUCAUGAGGGAAAUGGCGAGCAGUGGUCUGGUGCAAGACUUCUUUCGGCUAAAGUAGAACCAUCCAGUGUAGAUCAUGAUUAUACUACUGAAGGUGGAGAAACAAAAGUUAAAAGCUGUCCAAUUAUCAAAGCUAAAGGUAUCAAAGGAGGAAUAAAUGAUAAUCCAGAUGGUAUCAAAAUAUCAUAUACCUAUGACAUAAAGUUUGAGCCAAAUAAUAAUUUAAAAUGGGCUUCUCGCUGGGAUUACAUUUUGGAGUCUAUGCCCCACACCAAGAUUCAUUGGUUCAGUAUCAUGAAUUCUAUGGUUAUUGUUCUUUUUUUAUCUGGAAUGAUUGGCAUGAUACUGUUACGAACUUUACAUCGUGACAUUUCUCGUUACAAUCAGCUGAUUGAUUCUGGGGAAGAUGCCCAAGAAGAAUUUGGUUGGAAAUUAGUUCAUGGUGAUGUUUUUCGACCACCAAGUCAUGGAAUGUUUUUAUCUGUUUGUGUUGGAAUGGGGUUGCAGAUUGGUAUUAUGGUAUUUAUUACAUUAGGCUUUGCAUGUCUGGGAUUCUUAUCUCCAGCUAAUAGAGGUGCUUUAAUGACAUGUGUUUUAGUACUGUUUGUUUGUUUGGCUGCUGUGGGAGGGUAUAGUUCAGCAAGAGUUUACAAAACACUUGGAGGAGAGCAUUGGAAGACAAAUGUUAUUAUGACAGCAUUUUUUUUCCCGGGUAUUGUUUUUGGAUUAUUUUUUAUCUUAAAUCUUGCACUUUGGGUUAAAAAUUCUUCGGCUGCUAUACCUUUUGGUACUCUAGUGGCUUUGCUUGCUCUCUGGUUUGGUGUUUCUGUUCCUUUGACUUUUCUUGGAGCGUAUCUGGGAUUCAAAAAACCUUCUAUUGAAUUGCCAGUACGUACCAAUCAAAUACCAAGACAGAUACCUGAACAGAGUAUAUACACUAGAUCUUUUCCGUGCAUUGUAAUGGGAGGAAUUCUUCCCUUUGGAUGUAUCUUUAUUCAACUUUUCUUCAUCCUUAACAGUUUGUGGUCUCAUCAAAUUUAUUACAUGUUUGGCUUUUUGUUUUUGGUCUACAUCAUACUUUUAAUUACAUGCUCUGAAACAACUGUGCUAUUAUGCUAUUUUCAUCUUUGUGCUGAAGAUUAUCAUUGGUGGUGGCGCUCGUUUUUGACCAGUGCUUUUACAGGAGUUUAUUUAUUUGCGUAUUCUGUGCAUUAUUUUAUGACAAAGCUUUCUAUCUCUGGUCACACAAGUAUUUUUUUAUAUUUUGGAUACACAACAAUAAUGGUAUUACUCUUUUCACUUCUCACUGGAACCAUUGGGUUUGUGGCAUGCUUUUACUUCGUUCACAAAAUUUAUGGUGCUGUAAAAGUUGAUUGAUUUAUCGACUGUGGUGUUAAACCUGUUUUUUACAAACUUUAACGAAUUUAAAUUACUGAAAAUUUAGACUUAAGAAAAAAAGACUUCAAAAGUUAUAAACUCUAAACUAAUUGCAACUAUUUUGCACGCAGGAUAUUGUUACACAAUAUAUAUAAAUUUUUUCGGUUUACAUUCUUUUUUGCAAAGUAUUUCUUACAGCUAAUUUAUGCUGGAACUUAAUAAAUAUUUUUUUCAGGUAGCUAAUUGUUACAUAUUAUACGCAAUUAAAUAUUCCGUUUUUCCA